AUGACCCAGUACGCAGACGACACUUCCUUGUUGUUAUGCAAGGACUCGUGCCUGACUAGGUCCCUUGCCAUCAUAGGGGAAUUCACCCGAGCGUCGGGAGCGGUCCUCAAUCACGCUAAGUCAUCCGUUAAGUAUUUCAGAAGAUGGAGUGGGAGGACGGAUGUGCCUGGGGUGUAGCGGGGCCCUGAAGAUUCUCUGGGUCCUUUUUGAGACCUCUGGCUCAGCGACGCUGAACUGGAACAGGAGCAUCGCAGUGGUGCAGAGGAAGGUGGGGAUGUGGAGGGCUAGGCCAUUGUGUUUUAUAGGCAAGGUCCUGGUCCUCAAGGUGGAUGUGUUGCCGUCACUAUUGUAUAUGGCACACAUCUACCCAUUGCCAGCUAGUCUGAGACGGCCUCUAGUGUGGCUGGUGUUCCAGUUCAUGUGGGGUGGCAGGUUAGAGUAUGUCGCGAGGGUACGCAUGCUCUGUCCCAUCGGGGAGGGAGGUACCACAUUUCCCCCUCAAGCUGGAUUACAUUUUUGUUUCUCAUUUGUUGACUGAGCUGGCUCAUCCGGUAAUACACCCGUCUGGUUAUUUCCUGCGGGUGUUUUUCUCUUACCAGGUGAGAAGCGUAAUGGUGUGGACUAACACGGGUCCUUGGCCGGAACAGCUUCCAUGGCACUUUGGCCAUGCGGCCAAGUGUCUGCGUGGUCACCCCGAAUUUGAAGUUGCCCGAGUAGGUUUAGAUUACAGGCACCUGUACGAGGUGGUGAGACGGGGAGUGUGUCCCGGGCCCGUGUAUCCCGGCUGGGGUUUUGGACAGAGUGCA